GAGGACCUGCUGGGCGAGCUGGACGACCUGAAGGCCGAGCUGCGCCAUACCAAGCUGUUCUGGGAGGACCGUCGUCAGGACAUUGUGCGCGGGUUCUCGUCCAUGUUUGGCUCGCAGGUGAACAAGCUACUGUUUGGCCGUCGUCGCCGUGACACUGACACGUCCGAUGGCGGUGUGCCGCAGAAGCGUCAGCGCAACGAGCCGGAGAAGUUUGGUCUGGCCUCGGCCGAGGACGACGAGUAAAUACACUGUUCUGUGGGUAGUUCAGCAAUGCAGCAUCCUUACUUGACCUAUGAGCCGAGUCGACCAAUCGCCAGCCCGAGCCGUCCGAGUGAUUUUUUCCAUUCGAGAUCGUCUUACCAAAGACUCGCCGAGGCGGGCUGCAGCAAAGGGAGCGGCUAGCUCUCCUCUGUUCCAUUUUUCAAGUGCAUUUAUUGAAUUAGCUGCAAUGCUGCCCAGAGCUACAUUUGCUGUUUCGUACGCCAGGCCGUGGAUCUGUGCUGCUGCUGCAUCCAAACGCCAGCCCCCACGAGGCAAAGGGCGCUACUAUCUGCAGGCGAUUCGGGCGUAUAGCGACGACAAAGCCAAGGAGUCAGAUAAGCAUGCCGAUUCAGCAGACAGCACACCUGCGGCAGAUACCAAGGCAGGCGCACCCAACCUGGACUCGCUGUUCGACAUGCUGGAUCUGCCGGACGCGCCACAAACCCCACCAAGGGCUUCGCGCAAGGCCGAGCCCACCACUGACGACUUUGAUCUGGACGAUAUCUUCAAGCUUAUUGACGCAAACAGCGCAGCAACAGACAGACCAGCGACAAAUCAGAGCCGGUCGCCAGCAAAGGCUCCGCAGAGUCCCAAGCAUGGAGAGGACAAGUACGAUCCGAUGGCGGAAUUCGAGCGUAUUCUGUCUGAUCUGGCGUCCGACGAUACUGAAGUGUACAAGCGCAGCCGUCCAGCACCUGGCUUCUGGGAUGAGUCCAGUGGACAGCUGUCGCGGGCGCAGGACUCCAAGAUCAAUGAAGCCCUUGACCCUGAGGGCCUGUUCAAGGAAGGGCCAUUGGUGUCGCUGUUCUCGGCGCGCAAGCUGACUAGCAACCCCAGUGCCAUCUCGCCGCUGGCAAAGCGGAUCCAGAAGGCCGACCGGAUAGCUAAGGAGCAGGGGCUGCUGCAGACACCUGGCAUAAUCGGGCAGGCAACGACGACAGCAGCAGCCUUGGCGCCGGCAGAUGCUAACAAGGAGGAUCAGGAUGAACAAAUUCUGUUGGCGCGCCUGGCGCAGUGCCAGACAGUGUCCGCAUUGGCGGCAUUCGUCACAUCAGCCUUAGGGGGCCAGGGCCCUGCGGCUACGGCAGAUGCGACAGCUGCAUCGCCUGAGCUGCCUGCCCGUCCGAGUGCGGCAGUGGUUGCUGAGGCGAUAAGGCUAGCCCGCGAAAUGCAGGCGCCGCCCAUGGCAUACUAUAUCUACAACCUCUGCCGGACACAGCUGGACCUGAUAGACAAGUUGCGGGUGUUGGACUCUCGCGUGUACGAGGAGAUGCUGCUCACGGCAUGGGCCACCCGGCGCGACAUCUCGGCAGUCAUGUUUGUGAUGCAGGACCUGGUGGGGAUGGGUGUUACCGGACAAGACGGCCUGCGUCGCCAAAUCAGCGCAGUUGUGAAAGACUUGCAUGACAUCUACCUGAUGCCCGAGGAGGCUAGCAGGAUCGAGGCCCUCAAGCACAAGAUCUACUUUGAAGAUGCCGGCAGCACCGGCCAUGUAGGCCCGCAGCCUGCGCCCGGGCUACCCUCGCGGUUUAACAUUUGAAGCAGGAGUGCGUUUCAAAGCAUGCGUUGGUUUUCCAGUUUGGCAUAACACG